CGAGAAGGUGGAGUGUGAAAACAAGAAAAUAUAAAUCAAUUAGAGGAAUGAAUCCGCGAUAGUGACGAGACGGCAGAGUUGUUAGAACCAUUCUCGCGCUUUAUCUCGCUCGCUACACACAUGAAACUAAAGGUAAUAGAAACUUUCUCCCGCGUGUGGCCGCAAUGGGCCACUUGUCUCACAGUGGCUCUGAUUGCUACGAGCAUCGGGCUGAUGAUCGGUUGGACGUCACCUUACCUAGCACGAUUGACCGCGGAAGACGCUGAGCUACGUAUAACCGACGACGAGGCGUCAUGGGUCGUUUCUUUGUUCCCAUUUGGACGUUUAUUCGGUGCCACCGCCGGUUCCAUCAUCAUGGAGUAUUACGGCAGCAAAAGAUCUUUGUUAAUAUCUGGAAUACCUAUCAUGAUAAGCUGGAUUUGCAUAAUAUUUGCCGACUCGGCCUUUUGGCUUUACAUGUCUAGAAUUUGCGCAGGUAUCACUUUCGGGAUGUUCUACAGCUGCUUCGCUCUUUACAUCGGCGAAAUAGCAGCGAGCAACAUCCGUGGCGCGUUGGUCAGCACAAUAGUAAACGGAAUGCCACUCGGAUCGUUGAUCGGCAACGUAAUGGGCAGUUACGUGUCGAUGAUGUGUUUCGGACUCGUGAGUCUAAUCCUGACCGUCUGCUUUAUGAUGAUCUUCCCGUUGCUACCGCAGUCGCCCUACUAUUACGUGCGGGACAAUAACGCCAUCGAGGCGAAGAAAACCAUUCAAUGGUAUCGUCGAAAGUCGAACGUGAACGUCGAGUUGGAAGUGAUCGAGAACUUUGUACGAUCCUCCAAGCCGAGCAGCUUGCGCGACAAAAUUGCUCAGAUUACAGAGAGGAAGAAUAGGCGCGCGUUCUCCAUAAUCAUACUAUUGUUCAUUUUCAUGCAACUCAGUGGGAUAAACACCGUGACGUUCUACAUGGAAAUAAUCAUCAGAAGUGCGAAAGUGACGUUGCUGAAGCCAGCGACCGUUGUAAUCAUUUCCGGUGGAAUUGCUAUAGUGGUCGGUUGGAUCAGUGUGUAUCUAAUCGAUCGGUACGGGAGAAGGAUUCUCAUGGCGGUGUCAUGCGGCUGCGUGAUCGCCUCGCUGAUGCUUCUGGGACUGCACUUUAUGCUGCUCGAGCAAAAUUUCGAUCCAAAAGAUCUGGAAUGGCUGCCGAUCGUGGCCAUGAUACUGUUCAUGUUGAUGUCCAUCGGUAUUGUACCGGUUCCGACUACCAUGCUCAGCGAGCUCUUCCCGGACGAUUUAAAGAGCCUCGCCGGUUUCACCGCCAGCAUCACGUCCGCGUUAUUUUCGUUCAUGAGCAGCAGAACCUAUCAACCUCUCGUCGAUCUCAUGUCCGAAAAAUACGUAUUCUGGGUGUACGCGUUCAUCAUGAUCCUUUGCCUGGUAUACUCGAUCAUCGAAAUGCCCGAGACCAAAGGGAAGACAUUGCAGGAAAUACAAGACAUGUUGGCCAGCGAGAGCAAAAAGGGUGGGAGGAGCUCGGAGAUAAUAAAGACGGUACGAAAGCAGACUAUGUCCGAAUACCGACACAUCUGCCAACCACUCACUGUCACCAGAAAACUCAUCAUGACCGAGAGACGUGAAAAAUUAAGGUUUUGGCCGCAAUGGAUUGCUGCUUCUGGAGUGUGGCUACUGGUGACAGAAGUGGGAUUAAUGGGAUCAUGGUCCUCUCCGUACAUCGACUAUUUAAUGUCACCAGACGCUCCGUUUCCGACCACGCUGUCGGAAUUGUCAUGGGUGGUGUCGUUGCUGAACUUCGGACGGUUUUUCGGCGCCGUCGGUGGCGGGAUAUGCAUCCAGUAUUUCGGCAGCAAAACGACCGUCUUUCUCACCUGCGUGCCCAUCUCGUUAGGCUGGCUCUUCAUCAUCCUGGCCAACAGUGUUGAAUGGCUGUACGUCUCGAGAUUUUCCGCCGGCAUUAGCCUGGGAAUGCUGCACGGCUGCUACUCCAUAUAUCUGGGAGAGAUCGCAGAUCCGAGUAUCCGAGGGGCAUUGAUAGCAUUCGGCACAGGCGGACUAGUGACUGGGAAUUUUAUAAUGAGCGUCAUGGGAGCGUAUUUGCCAAUGUCCGUGUCAGCCGCGAUAGCCCUGGCUCCUUGCUUUCUGCUGAUGGCCCUUUUCCUCUGGCUGCCAGACUCUCCUCAUUACCUGAUCAAGAAGAAGCUGGACGAGAAUGCCAGGUCGUCGAUCCAAUGGUAUCACAGAGGCUGCGACGUGGAAUCGCAGUUCACGGAUUUACAGCAGUUCGUGGAGAAUCUGAACAAACAGUCGUUCUCGGACACUGUCAAGGAGCUGAAGGCCGUUCAUUUCCGCAAAUCGAUACUCAUCGUUAUAGUUCUCAUGGUGUACAGUCAAAUAAGCGGGAUUAACAACAUUUCAUUCUACAUGCAGUCGAUUCUAGUGUCGGCGAAAGUCAGUGUGAUUGAUCCAGCGAUAGUGGUGAUCAUAGUGAUGGGAUCCGGCCUCAUCGGGCCUUGUUUAUCGGUGUUUCUGAUGGACAGAUUUGGAAGAAGGAUUCUCGAAAUAAUGUCGUGCACCGGUGUCGCGUUGUCGCUGAGUUUGCUAUCGAUCGAGUUUCAACUGUUGGAUUUCGGUUUCGAUCCGGAAACAGUGGAAUUCUUGCCGAUCGUCGGAUUGAUUGCCUUUUACGUGACAGUUUUCUUAGGCACUACGCUCGUACCAACAGCCAUGCUGGGCGAACUUUUCCCACUUCAUCUGAAACCCGUCGCGUCGUUCGUUAUCAGCAGCUUCGCAGCCAUCGUUUCUUUCAUCUCGACCGCCACUUACGUGCCACUGCUUAAUUUCAUGACCGAACGAUAUCUGUUUUUCUUCUAUGGUCUGUUAAUGGCCACGGCUAUACCGUUUACAUUGAUCUUUGUGCCCGAGACGAAGGGGAUGUCCUUGCAGGAGAUUCAGGAACAAUUGAAAGGGAAGAAUAAAUCUCAAAGUACAUCCAAUGUCAAUAAAACGAAACUCUCUAACGAACAAAACGCGGAAGUAUUUGUUAUCUGUGCCAAUUAAGUUAUCACGCGAGAUUGUAGAUACAAACAGCGUGAUUGCGAAAAUAUUUAAAUAUUUCCUUUUAAAUGUAAUUCUUCUUCUUUUUGUUUUCUCAAUAUCGGCUGUGAUAUUAAUAUCACUAAAAGGAAAGUGAAAUUAUUAUUUUAUAAUCAGACUUUCCAUAACUUUGUUCUAUAUAGCAAUCCAAGAGUUUCGAUACCAUUUCUUAAUA